UGUUACCCUCUGGUUCUGCACACUGUUCUGAUUCCAUACCUUACCGUCGGUAGAGAAAGAGGGAGAUGGGAAGCGAUAGCGAAGCAGAGAAGUCGCAUCAGAAGGAGAAGAAGAAGUUGCCGGCUGUUGCUCCCAUCGCGAAGCCCCUCGCCGGCAAGAAGCUCUGCAAGCGUACACUUAAGCUGGUACGCAAAGCUGCUGAGCAUAGGUGCUUGAAGAGAGGAGUGAAGGAAGUGGUUAAAAGUAUUCGGCGUGGUCAUAAAGGAUUUUGUGUUAUAGCAGGAAACAUAUCCCCUAUUGAUGUCAUAACCCAUGUACCAAUCCUAUGUGAAGAGGCUGACAUUCCCUAUGUUUAUGUUCCUUCAAAAGAAGAUCUUGCAACUGCAGGAGCCACUAAGAGACCAACAUGCUGUGUCCUGGUGCUGACUAAGCCAAUCAAAGGUGAAAUAACCCAAGAGGAGCAAGAAAAAUUCAAGGCAGAUUAUAAUCAGGUUGUGAAGGAAGUUACUGAGCUUACAUCCUCUCUCUUCUGAAAUCUGAUUGAUAUGAACAAGUUUGUUGUACUUCAAGUGAGAUUCUUGAAUGAGCUUUAUCUUGCUUGUUAUGUGAUACACUCCAAUUUAGUUAAUAUGGCCAGCAAUAAUUCACUUGUCUGUUGAAGCUGUAUUUCUGAUUGCAUGUGAGAGAUAAAAGGCCGCAAAGGCUAUACCAUUCAGGCAAUGGGAAUCAACAUUUUAAACGAGA